AUGGCAAGCAUCAUGUCAACGCGCCUCGUCCGCCUCUGCGCACCCCUCGCCCACCUCCGGGCGACCGCGGUACCUACCCGGGUUUUCAUAUCUCGGUACAGCACCAGCACAGAAGACGAUAUUAUCAAGACCCAGCAGGUCCCCGCCCCAGGGUCAGGGCAUGUGCGCGUGCUGCAAUUGAACCGCCCCAAAGCUCGAAACGCGAUCUCGACCCACUUGCUAGACACGCUCUCAAAGCAUGUGGACGCCAUCGCCGCCGAAGGAGGCAACGGGCCAACCCGGGCAUUGGUUAUAGCAAGUAAUGCCGACGCGGCAUUUUGCGCGGGUGCAGACCUGAAGGAACGAGCCAAUAUGAGCAUGGCCGAAACCGAAGACUUCCUCCUCAAACUCCGGUCCACCUUCCAAAAACUUGCCUCCCUCGAAAUCCCCACCAUCUCCGCCGUCUCAUCCGUAGCCCUCGGCGGCGGCCUCGAGCUCGCUCUGUGCACGCACCUGCGCGUCUUCGCGUCCUCCAGCGUCGUCGCCCUCCCCGAAACACGCCUCGCCAUCAUCCCCGGUGCUGGCGGCACAUAUCGACUGCCUCCGAUUAUCGGCGUGAACCGUGCCCGGGACAUGAUCCUCACUGGGCGCCGUGUGACCGGACCCGAGUCUUACUUCAUUGGGCUCUGUGAUCGGCUUGUGGAGGUGCUUCCACAGGAGGAGGCAACAGAAGGCGUUGCACGCGAACGUGUCCUGCGGGAGAGUAUCAAGCUCGCUUUGGAUAUCUGUGAAGGUGGUCCUAUUGCUAUCAAGAUGGCGAUGCAGGCUGUCGAUGCCCAUGCUCUGGGCGAGCGGGCGGAGAAUGCGGCUUAUGAGGCCGUCAUCGAGACUGAUGAUCGGUAUGAGGCGCUGCGCGCCUUUGUUGAGAAGCGGAAGCCGGCAUUCCGCGGGAGGUAG